AUGGCGGUCUUCAUUAAGAUGGAGACCUACACAAUUGAAUCCAAAACUGGGAUCCUGAAUCUAAACAAAGAGAAUGAUAAUGGUAUGAAGUAUGAAUUUGCAAGGAUGGAUCAGGGGACCUUACUGAAGGAGGUGCCACUGGAACCCAGGGCUGGCUUUCUGGCCGGUGUGUCUCAGGAAGUGGCAGCCUCCUGUGUUCUUCCCAGCUUGCCCAACCUGACUCCCAAUUUAGUCGACUCCUCCAGAGAAAGUAAAAGAAUUCAUCAAGUAAUGCUGCUGCUGGGCUAUCGCGGCAUCCAACUUUCCAUUUUAUCUCAUAUCCUUCUCAGUACAGGAAAAAGCGAACGCCUAAUCGUUUCCGUGACACCGUCUGAGAUCAAAGCAUUAAAAGGACAGACAGUGAAUAUAGACUGUUCGUACCAAAAUGAAGAUGGAGAACAGCUGAGGAUAAAAUGGGGGAGAAAAGACAGUGCACAAGUGCUUUGUGAUUAUACUUACAAUAAAAAUAAUAUCAAGUAUACACUAUGGCAUUGUAUAGAACAUAUGAAUAUCACAGUGGAUCUCUCAACAAACUCAUCAUCUUUAACAAUCUACGAUCUUCACUUAAAUGAUUCCAGCAUUUACUUUUGUCAGAUUUCUAUUGAAAUACCGCCCCCUACAUUAACAGUUAAAGGGAAAGGUGUACUCCUCAAGGUGGAAGCUCAGCCAACCGUUCAGUUAAUUGAAAAGACUCAGCCUUACCCUAAUGAAUGGAGAGAGUUAAUCUGCACAUCACUGGAGUUCUAUCCUGAUGACAUUCAAGUGUCCUGGUUUAAAAAUGGACAGCGAAUCACCAAUGGCGUUAAGAAUGGGACUCUCUAUACUAACAGUGAUGGCUCAUUCUCCAUCACAAGUGCCCUGAACCUUUCUGUACUUGAGUGGAAUGAAGGUGAAAUGUAUUCCUGUCAAGUGAACCACUCAACACUGCCUGCACCAAUCACUGAAAUGAUUUGUUUAAAGAAACAAGAGACAGCACAAUGGAAUGUCGUUGAUAGCUGUAGAGCUCUCAUCAUUGUGUUCUUUGAGGAUAUUGAUGAUGAAUUUGAACCACCUUGCCUCAAGUCAAGCGAUAAAGCUACAACCAGACUUCACCAGAACACAUUACAGGAAACAGGACGUUCAAAUCCACAAUAG